UGGCCAGAGACUCUCCUGCCAUUCCUCUAGGCUGCCCUCACUGCUGAACUGCAGGGGAUCAUCUCAGCCAUGGCAAGUUUCAACCUGAUGUCGAGGAGCACAAGCAUGCGCUGGCGCCUGCCACUGGUGUGCCUCCUUUGGGAGGUGGCCAUGAUCGUCCUCUUUGGGGUCUUUGUGCGCUUUAACCCAGAAGCCGAUGCGGCCGGUUGGAUGGAGGAGAAGUACAAGAAGAACAUCACCAGUGACGCCGAGAACGACUUCUAUUUCAGAUACCCGUCAUUCCAGGAUGUCCACGUGAUGAUUUUUGUGGGCUUUGGCUUUCUCAUGACAUUCCUUCAACGCUACGGCUUUGGAGCCGUCGGCUUCAACUUCCUCCUGGCCGCCUUUGGGAUUCAGUGGGCUAUCCUGAUGCAGGGCUGGUUCCAUACCUUUGAGAAUGGGAAGAUACUCAUUGGAGUUGAAAGCUUGAUCGGUGCCGAUUUCUGCGUGGGUUCCGUUUGCAUUGCCUUCGGUGCUCUUCUGGGCAAAGUCAGCCCCGUUCAGGUCCUCAUCAUGACUCUGUUUCAAGUCACUCUCUUCUCUGUGAAUGAAUACAUCCUGCUGGACCUGCUGCACGUUAAAGAUGCUGGCGGAUCAAUGACCAUCCACACUUUCGGGGCUUACUUUGGUCUAACGGUAACCGCUAUCUUGUACCGACCCAACCUGGAUAGUACCAAAGACAAGCAGAGUUCUUCCUACUACUCGGACCUCUUCUCCAUGAUCGGCACCCUGUUCCUGUGGAUGUACUGGCCCAGCUUUAAUUCGGCCAUUUCCAAUCAUGGGGAUGCGCAGCACCGAGCAGCCAUCAACACCUACUGCUCUCUGGCCGCCUGUGUCCUCACCACCGUGGCCUUCUCCAGUGUGCUGGAGAAGAAAGGCAAGCUAAAUAUGGUCCACAUCCAGAACGCCACCUUGGCAGGGGGCGUGGCUGUCGGGACCGCCGCAGAGAUGAUGCUGACUCCCUAUGGUUCCCUGAUUGUCGGUUUCAUUUGUGGCAUUGUGUCUACUGUCGGAUUUGUCUUCUUCACACCUUUCUUAGAGUCCAAGCUGCGUAUCCAAGACACGUGUGGCAUCCACAACCUACAUGCCAUGCCGGGGCUAAUUGGAGGCAUUGUAGGAGCUGUCACAGCCGCCGCUGCCACGGAGGGAGUCUAUGGAACGGAAGGGCUCAUCCUUGCUUUCGACUUCACUGGUGCCUACGCAACUAGGACACCCAGUGUCCAAGGGGGGUUCCAGGCUGCCGGCAUUGCCGUGUCCUUAGGCAUGGCCUUGGCAGGAGGGGCCAUUGUAGGUGGCAUUUUGAAAUUGCCAUUCUUUGGCGAUCCCCCAGAUGAAAAUUGCUUUGACGAUGAUGUCUAUUGGGAGGUGGUUGAGGAAGGGGAGAAUCAGAGCAGCCUGUAUUCUAUGCAGAAUUCCAAUGGCAAGUCUGUGACCAACUUCUAAUCCCCCUGUACAAUUGCGAAGUUAGGACAUCUUUGAAGACCAGACACAAUCAGUUUCCUGCUGGGUUUCCCUGUGUGUGAUUCUUGGUCUCCUCCUACACUCUCAGGUUCCCCCUUGGAAGAGAAUUUCGUGGUUUGUCUGGAAAAGAAGGUCGUCCGGUACCCUCAUUCACCUGGAUAUAAAGAUUCUUUAUGGAGCAUCCUGUGGCCUUAUUUGUCUCUUCCUGCAUCAUACUUCUUUGUGAAGUCAGCCAGAGAGAGACACUUUAUGCACAGCAACAUGUGGGGUGAAAUCAUACCCGGAUUCCUCUAGGUUUUCCCGGAGGCUGCCACGCAUUGGCCAAAUUGCUUGUUAGGACUCACUGUGUAGCUCCCUGUGUCGCUUCUCUGUGCCAGUGUAAGCAGGCACAACCGAUGAGCUCUUGCCAACAUCUGUGAUCGUUGCCGCCUUGGUCCUCCCGGCACACUUGAAGCAUUUAACAGCUAGGGUCAGUGAUCUGGCAUACAUCUGUGUUUUGUGUUUGAUUUCAAACUCGUAGUUGAAAUAAACGCCACAUAUUGGGAGUGGGGGGCAGGGAGAUGAACUCUCCAGUAGGGUCCUUCUGGGUGGCACAUGGAUGGGUAAUGAUGUUUCCAAACAAUUCAGAGUGCUGGUCUUUAUGGUCUACAAUCAAUGGUCUACAAUCAGAAUAUCUAUAAGACUGCCAUACAAAUUUACCUGUGCUAGGGAUAUUGGUAACAGGGCCUUUUCGGUGGAGGCACCCAGACUUUGGAAUAGCUUCUCCAGACAUAAUUGCAUCCCAUCUAGGAUUACCAGCCUCUCCCAGUGGUGUUGCCCAAAUGGCUACGUGCAUUUCUUCUCCAGCCUCAAGAGCAUGCCCCAGAGCACAGACAAUUCACCACUGAAGUUCUCCUAUAUCAGGAGGAUCUUUUUCUAUAUAUACCAGAGUCCUGUGGGUAAAGCUAACCAGUACUGUUACAAUGGGCUUAGCCUGUUACAAAUUUGGGGGAAAUAGUGAAAACAACACUCAUGCAUGAUAGUGGGAUUUUAUUACUAACAAAUAGACAAACAAAGGAUUUGCUUUAAAGGUACAAGCUAAAAGAUAUACCACAAAGAAUACACAACAAAACAGAGGAAUAGUCACUUGUAUGCAUUCCAUCUCAUAAUGGAUCAGGACUCAUGAUGAGUGCCCUGUAUACACUUGAUGUUCCUAAGUAUUCUAGUGUAUGUAAAAAUGUGGAUGCGAUAAUAAGAUACACAAUCUGUCCCGAAGAGUAUGGGUACAAGGUGGUGAGGUCCCAAAACGAUCCAGAUACAAAAAAGUACAACCCGGCCACACAGCAAAAAGAUAAGGGAUAUAAAAAGCAACAAAGAAUGCAAAAGGCACACAAAGGAUUCAGAAAGAGGCAAAAACAUAGCACUACAAAUAAAGUACAUGCGUAGGAUGUAAAUUAGGCUGACUCAUAUGGACACUUGGUCCAUGUCUUGAUCUGGAGUGGAUUAUAUUAGUUGAUUCUGCAGAGGGCUGGAGAUUUGGGUCAUCAAAGGUAUAGCAGGACAAAAGAGGAGCUGAGUGGUGACGAAGAAGGGUUUAAAUCAGACAGGAGUCUAAGUCUAUGGGGAUUGGGAUGGUAGAUUUCUCAGGUAAUGAUAGUUAACUGCUAAAGCCAGCUAUGUGACGAACAGCAAACAUUCUGUUUGAGGAUAGCGUGGGAAUCCACUUUGCUGCAACCAAAAGACGGGGGUGAUUACUGGACAAAUAAAGAUGGGUGGAGAGUGAGGCGGAAGGGUCUGUCUGCUCAGAGCUGUUCCGCUUCUCAUGCAAGAGUUAGGGGGGGGGGUCAUGCCGACAGAGUGCUGCUUUCCCCAUAACCCUUUCAGUUUCAACAUCUGCCCAUGGAAGUUGUGUGCAGUGAUUGAACACUAAGGGUGUUUGUUCUGUACGCGUACAUGCAUGUCUGUGCAGAGAGGAGCUGUCCCCAGGGUCCCCAGCUUCCCUGUGGCAAAUGUAUAUUCCAUGGAGCAGUAUUCAAAAUAAUGCUGUCGUGCUGUGCAGUACAGAUGCUGUGACAUCACAGUGGGACCUGAAGUUUUCAUGGAAUAAUAGCCGAUCUCUAGACCAGAGAGAUCAGUUCCCUGCUUUGAUGAGUGGUCUCUGUGGCAUUAUACCCUGCGGAGGUCCCUUCUCAAAACCUGCUCUCCCUAAGCUCCAGCCCCAAAUCUCCAGGAAUUUUCCAGUCCAGAGUUGGCAACCCUUACCCCUCACACGUGCUACACUCUCCUUUUUGUAGUGGAACCCCUAGUCUUUAAUCAAAAGAUCAUAUAUGUAUGUAUAUAUGAUCUUUUAUACACAUACACAUACAGCAGUAAAUAAACUACAGGGGUAAAUGGUACAUAAAAGUAUAUAAGGGUACUUAAGGCUGCCUAGCUGAUAUCAACCAGCACCCAGAACUUUUCCACUGUAGCUCCCACUUUGGAACAGGCUCCUUGUGGGUGAAGGAAGGCGGCAUUUUUAGAAAUUUUCAGGACUCUUGGCAAGACCAAUUUAUUUGCCAGGAUUUGUAAUGGGGUAUAAACUGCAGGAAUUUUGGGGUGGGUGGGGAGCAGUGGUAUUUAGGUUUUUAUCUUGU